AGCUCAGGCUCCGGUUGUAAAGUGUGAGUCGUGACCCGUAAUCUACUCAUCCUUCAGUGCGCAGGAAAACCCUAGACGGAAGCCAUGGAUAGGGUUUCCGAGCGGGACAGAUCCAGUCGGAAAACCAGAGAAGAACGCGAACGGGAUAGGGAUGCGGAUUCUUCCGUUCGCGACCGGGAGUUUGAAAGGGAUCGGAAAAAGCAUCGUCACCACCACAGCGGGGAGGAACGAAGACACGAGCGCUACGGUGAAUCCGAACGACGGCACCACUCGAUUGACGAUUCACCGCAGGAAUACGAUAUUCGUCGGCGCGAUCCCUCUCCCGAUCGGCUCAGGGAUUCUGUUGAGCGCCGCAAAAGAUCACGAGGGGAUUCUCCCUCCGAUGACGACCUUAGGGCUAGGGACUCCGUGGAGCGUGAUCGAGAGGGGGAUCGGCGCCAUCGCCGCUCUGCCAAGGGGGGUUUGGAGAACGGUGGAGAACGCAAGCACGAGAGUUCGUCCAAUAAGAUUAGGAGAUCAGUCGAGCGGGAAGGUUUUUCUUAUGAAGAGUCCAUUGAGAGGCGUCAUAGGAAGAGGAAGGAUAAUAGGGGUAGUGAUGAUGAUGAAAUUGAGAAUAACAACGUCAAGCGUGCUAGGGUUUCUGAUGCAGAGCAUAGGAAAUCAAUGAGGCGUGUUGAAGACAGGAAUCUGGAUGUGAGGGUGUUGUCAGAGGAUAGCAAGGAGGCUAGGAGGGGAAAGACUUCUAAGGAUAGAAGGAAAGAAGAGAUGAUGGUUACGGAAGAUGACGUGAAGCAUAUACGGAAGGAGGAACAAGAAAUGAAUGGGAGUAGCAGACAUAGAAGAAAGUCACGUGACGAUACUGAGCAGGAAGAGAAGAUAGACGGUGAAGAAGCAAAAGAAAUUGUUAGAAAUGAUCGGCGAUUUAAAGAUGAGUUUAAGCAGGAGAAGCAGGAAACGUCUGUGCUCUCAAAAGCUUCUGUUUCAUCUGAUAAAUCCCAGGUUGAAUCGAAAACUGGACAGUUGGCUAAUGCUAAUGGUGACCGAAGCAAUGCGUUUCCUCCCAUGAGCGGUUCACUAGCAAAAGCUUUUGCUGAGGAACCACUUGCUGUAGCUCCAAAUGUUUCCAAGACUUCGUCCAACUCUCAUUCCAUACAUACUAAGGUAUCUUCAAUUACUGCCACCAAUGAAAAUGAGGGAGUUAGUAUUAUCAGAUCUGAUGAGGUUACUGGAAAAUCUAGUACAGAUGGAACAACAUCCUCAGUUGCUGGCAAAAGUGGCAGCUUCUCUCGCGAUGCUUUAGCAAAAGCUAAGAAAGCUUUACAAAUGCAGAAGGAAUUGGCAGAGAAGCUAAGGAAAAUUCCUGUGCUAAAUAAACAGCCCGGUGCAGGUUCCAUUGAUAGUUUGCACAAAGAAUCUUGGAAGCCUUUGGAUGCAGGUAGUAGACAUGGUGCUUCUAUUUCUUCAUCUCUUUCUGCUUCAACUCCUAUUCCGAUGAUGCCAUCUGCUCCAAAAAUAGCUGUUGGGUCUGCACCAUCGGAGAACUCAUCAAUUGCAGGUGGUGACGGUACCAUACCUGUCCUGGCAACUGCAGCUAGUUAUGAGGCAGUGAAGCGUGCACAAGAGCUUGCUGCAAAAAUGGGAUUUCAUCAGGAUCCUGAUUUCGCACCUCUGAUAAAUAUGUUUCCUGGUUCAUCUGUAACUGAUGCUGUGCUAAUGCCGAAAUCUACCAAAGGUCCAGUUCUGAGAUUAGAUGCCCAGGGAAGAGAAGUAGAUGAGCAUGGCAAUGUUAUUAAUAAGCCAAAGGUGACAAAUCUUAGUACUUUGAAGGUCAAUAUAAAUAAGCAGAAGAAAGAGGCUUUUCAGAUACUCAGACCAGAACUCGAUGCUGAUACGGAGCUGCACGCGCAUUUUGAUGCCAGCAUAGGUAUCAAUAAAGCAAAGCUGGUGAGGCCUAAAAGGGCAUCAUUUCAGUUUGUGGAAGAGGGAAGAUGGUCAAAGCAGGCAGAGGUUAUGAAAAUCAAGAAUCAAUUUGGAGAAGCCCAAGCAAAGGAAUUGAAAGUAAAGCAAUCACAGCUUGCAAAGGCAAAGGCCGAACCUGAUGAUAACCCAAAUUUAAUUGCGGUGGGCGAGAGAACUUUCAAGGAGAAAAAGAAAGAUGAAGUUCCUGAAAUAGAGUGGUGGGACAAACCAUUCCUACCAUCUGGUACCUAUCAUGAUACUUCUGAAGAUAACUUGAACUUAGAAAAGAUAACCAUUUAUGUGGAACACCCUCGCCCAGUUGAACCACCAGCAGAGCCUGCUCCACCACCACCCCAGCCUUUGAAGUUAACAAAGAAAGAGCAGAAGAAACUUAGGACACAAAGACGACUUGCUAAAGAAAGAGAUAGGCAGGAGAUGAUAAGGCAAGGUCUGAUUGAACCCCCCAAACCCAAAAUAAAGAUGAGCAACCUUAUGAGAGUCCUUUCCUCUGAGGCCACUCAGGAUCCCACCAAAAUGGAAAAGGAAGUCAAAGCUGCUGCACUUGAGCGCGAGCAAGCUCAUAUCGAUAGAAAUAUUGCCCGCAAGCUUACUCCACAAGAGCGCCGUGAGAAGAAAGAGAGGAAGCUCUUUGAGGACCCCUCAAUGCUUGAGACUCUUGUUUCAGUCUACAGAAUCGAUGACCUUUCUCAUCCUCAAACGCGCUUUAAGGUGGAUGUGAAUGCUCAAGAGAACCGCCUCACUGGAUGUUCCGUAAUAUCGGAUGGCAUAAGUGUCGUGGUUGUUGAAGGCGUCCGGAAGUCCAUUAAAAGGUAUGGUAAGCUGAUGCUUAAACGAAUUAACUGGGCUGCUGCUGUCGGUGAUGAUGAAAAUGGAGAUGAGGACAAGGACAUUCGUCUUAAUAAGUGUGUUCUAGUAUGGCAGGGCAGUACUGCUAAGCCAAGCUUUAAUCGAUUCCUUGUGCACCAGUGCAGAAGUGAGGCUGCUGCCAGGAAAGUGUUUGCUGAUGCUGGCGUUCCUCACUAUUGGGAUUUGGCUGUUAACUUCUCAGAUGAAUUAUCCUGAAGUCUAAAAGGUGCGAUCAUCAAUCUCACAUUAGCAAGUUUUGAUAAAUUGUCCAGCUUCAUUUGGGAUGACUUUCUUCUUACUUCUUAAAGCAGCUUUUUAAUAAAAAAAUUAAAAUUUUUGUACUAAAAAGUUGUUUUAAGAAGCAGUAAAAAGGCCGUCUCAAACGAAACCAUAAUUUCUGUUAUGACAAGGCGCUCCUCUAUGAAUUUGUGAGCAGAAGUUUGAGAUGAAUUUGUGUUGCUUGAUCAUUAGUUUGUAGCUUGGUGUUCUUUUCACGUGGCCCUUUCAGCAUUGGGAUGGGCUUGUAAACAACUGAAAUUGUUUCUGUUGUCAUUAAGCAGACUCUAAAUUUAAAUGAUAUUGAGAGGAGCUGGAUUAAUUUUGCCUCUAGACUAUAGAGCCAGAUUAAUCGUGUGAAUGCUCUUAUUAUCUUUGUUCGGUUUUA